AUGAAUAAGAAUAAGAGAAUAAAUAUAGACUUUAAUAGUACUAGGAACCGAAUCAGUCAUAGGACCAAUGAAGCCACUUUAGUUGUUGGAAGAAAAUCCAAUGAUCCAAACCGGUCCGACACCCUAGUAAAUUCGUCAUCAAUAGAUAAUAGUCAACUUGGGAAAGCACCUUCACAAGAAAACUAUAUUUCAAGGCAGUUUGGUGAGCAAUUUUCUGGAUCCUCCUGUGAAAAGGUUUUGCCAGAUAUUACUGAACCACAAGAGGAGAAUUCCACAAGUCAGGGAAUAUACAAUCCAGUCACAUUGACCGUAAAAUUUCAUGAAACUAGAACAUCUGCUGAGACUGUUCUAGUAGAUCCUAAUAUUGUUCCAGGGGCCAAACCAGGUGACAUAGGUGAAAUACAAUGCCUUUUUGGGUCAAGAAAGAAGUUUUUCUUCAAAUUUUUAAUUAAAGAUAGCCUUGGUCCAAUACAAAACAACAAUGCAUUUGAUAAAAUAUUAAACAAAAAUGAUGAUGGAAUUGAUAAUUAUGCAGGAAUUUCCGGCAAAAAACCCUCUACAACGGCAGCUGACGAGAAUGAGAAUCUCGUAACGGAGAACGGCAACUCAAACGAAGUAAGCGGUAUAAUAUCAAUUUUAUCAGGCCCGAUAGUUAAUAAGCUAGAGCUCAAACCAAGAAGUCAGGUACUAGUUAGAGUUAGGAACAAGGAUUCUGUACAAGCGGAUACAGUUGAAAUAUACGUGAAGGACAUCCACCUUAGUCGUGGUGAUAUGUGGAAUAUUUCAAGUUUAAUGGUAGAUAAAUGCGUUUACAAAAACCAGAAGCCUGCGUUCAUAAAUAAUUCGAUAAGGCUAAGUGUCAAUAAAAUAUACAAGAAUGGCCAUAAGUUUUUUUCAUCUUAUGUAGGUAAAGACACCAAGCUGGUAUUUAGAUCAGAUUCUGCUAGAUUGAUUGUUUUUAUUCAAAUUUCUUCAGAAAUGUGGCAUUUUGAGGAAAGUGGCCAGCAACUUUUUCAUAAGCUGAUGAAUUCUUUCUUUCCAAAGGCUUUUCAAAAGUGGAAAGAUUUAGAUACUCAUCACCUAAUCACUAUAAUUUUAUUCAGUAGUGUUGAUCUUGAAGGCGAUGAUAUCCGAUAUUCUGAAGGGGAAACACCACCAAACAAGGCAGAUUAUUAUAGGGUAGUUGUUGAUCAAGUCCAUAUAUUACUCUGGAAUGAAAUUAUGGCUACUCUUAGAGUAGAGUUUGCUAAUUUUAAAAGGGACAUUUAUUUACAUCGCAACAAGAGACGAGAUGCUGAGCAUCCACAGGAAUAUAUAAUAGAGGGAGAUAUAUUGCCUUCUGCAAAAGGAUCAAUCUUGGAGGCUAUCAAUCUGGGAAUGAGUUUGGUGUCUGACGAUUUCAAAGAUUCUUAUUUAAGACAAACCACCAACCAUUUUAUUAUGAUAUCACCAGGAACUGGUUUGUUUGAUGUUUCAUAUGAUAUGUUGAUUCGUACGAGUAACCUGAUGAGUACUAUAGACUCUACGGUUGAUAUAAUAUGCUUAAGUCAGGCACCACUGCAUAUUGUUCCAUUGGUAAGGUAUCUUGAUAACCAAAACAAACUAAAACACUGUAUUCCUAAUUGGUUGGAUAUAUCAUUUUGGACGGAUAGCAGUCAAGCAGUCCAUCAGUGGCUACCAAAGUGCAAAAUAUAUGAGCUCCAAAUGAUGGGUGUUAUGGAAAACGAAUUGUCUAACGUUAACAUUAGUGGCCUUGAGUUUCCGUACCACAGAUCGGCAUCUGAAGCAAUGGACUCUUACGAUCAAAGUGCGUUCAAAAGCACUGUUAAUUUGCGCCAAGAUAAAGAACCAAAGAGACCUAAACGGAUUACUCUUUCAUUGAACUCGCCAACACAAGUGAAACAUAAACUAAGCGCACCGUCUAUCAGAGAUGUAAAUGGGUUGAAACCGUCUGAACUGAUUGUUGGUAACAACAAAUCUUCACCGGCAACAGUUGAGGCGUUUGGUGUUAGCACAACGUCUAAACCAAAUGUCUCAGCAUUUUCGUCAUUGCUAUCACUUUCUAAAAGUUCUGAUUUGAAAACUUCCACAUCAACAGCAUUAAAGUUUGUGAGAAAAAUUAUAAGUACACCUAUACUGAACCCUUCAUCGCCUGAUCUUUUGUCACGAGAUUCAUUAUCAGAUUUGCAAAGCGUAACUUCCCUGAGCUUGAAUGAAAACAAGUUAGAUUACAGACUUGAAUCGAUUCCUCUGAGUGGGAAUAAAUCAUUCGAGAAUGUGACCGAUAAGGAUAGCUUAAUCCCUUCAUUAAACAGAAGGUCAAACACCCAGAACUUUACCGUUGAAUCUAAUAAUCGAAAACUCCAAGAAAAAAAGAUCAAUCAUCUGUCGAGAACGAAAUCAAUAGCAAAGCGCAACCGAGUACAAGAGGGAAAAGAUUUUACAACAAGCUGUUAUUGGACCGAUAUUGACAAUCCAUCUAAUAGUUUAUCACAUCAAACAUUAAGUUUAGUAUCUUACGGAAGAUGGAGGUUUGUUUUCCCACCUAAUGUCAAAAGGAGGGCAGUCAAAUGGAUAUCGCUUUCCUCACCUGCAUCUUUGCCGAUCAUGACAAUGGUUUUCCCGACAUUGAACGAUUUUAAUCAAAAUUACACUUUCAGAAUUUAUGAUGUGAUUCCAAAUCAAAAUGCAUCAAAUGAGAAAAAAACAAGUGAAACUUUAAUGAGACAAAUGAUUUCAUUAAGAUUAUCUUUGGGCUAUCAAAUUUGUAUUGGUGAAAGAGUUGAGAAGGUUGAAAGUCAUCGAAAGCCUAAUGGUGAUAGCAAUAUGCUAGUACAAUAUCUGAGUAGUACAAGUUUUUUGGGUUCCCGUAUUUAUUUGAGUCUCGGUAACGAGAUCCAUAGAAUCAGCUGUGACUACAAUGGUCUAAUCAAUGUACAGGUUUACAAGCGGGUUUCAAGCACAGAUGAACAAUUUACCUUGAAGAGUAACAAAGAGUAUAUAGAAAACAUUCGUACUCGUUAUUCUGAAACUUAUUCCCCAGUUAAGAUAUCAAGUAACACUGGGAAUUUAAGAAAUAACUACAAUUGGAAUCAGUUAGACCAAGUUCUGGCAGGUUACGAAGAUUCCAUAGAUAAACAGAAAUAUCAUCGAAUGAAAUUUGUUAUCUUACCAGCAAGUAUACCAGAGAAUACGUUUACAUUGAAGAAUGAAAAGUUAUCCGCGGAGGAAAUAAGACUCGAAGGUAUAAGAACGUUAAUAAUGAAUAUCUAUAGAAUUAAAUACAGAACCAAGGAGGAAAAGCAUAGCAAGAAACGGCUAGAAAUUGCUCCCCAGAUUCACUUUUACACGGGUAAUUUGUUUGAUUACCUAAAGCAGAAAUCACUUGAAGUAAAUAAGGGCUCUCCAACAUCCAAACCACAAUAUAAUAAAAACAUCGAUGUGCAUAAGUUGAUUGAAAUAUUACAAGGACCAGAUGGUAUUCAAAUUAUGGAUAGGUACUGGCAUUUAAAGUUUUAUAAGUAUUGCUUUUUAGGAAUGGAUCUUGUAAACUUUUUGGUUGAAAAUUUUGAGGACAUUGAGACCAGAGAAGAUGCAGUAGAAUACGGUAAUAAAUUAAUGCAAGAAAAAAUCAUCUUACACGUUAUUUCAGCACAUAAAUUUUUAGACGGUCAUUAUUUUUACUACUUCGAUAAGAAGUUUUUAGAAGGUGUUUCACACGAAAGCUUUGAUGCAACAAAUAGGAAAUCUAUCCAAUCGGAUAAGUCCGUGGUUAGCUCCCAGGACCAACGGAAGUCCAAAAGUGAUGUGGUAAUGUUGAGUGAAGAAGUUGUAUGUGAUUUGGACUCUAAUGGAUAUUCUUGGCAACCUGAGCUAGUUAAAGUUCACUAUGACAUUGUGCAUAAUCCAGAGCACUGUUUCCAUCUAAGAAUUGAGUGGCUAAGUACCACGUCGAAGCUUAUUGAAGACAUGAUUAAUGGAUGGUCCAAGUACUGUGAACGAUAUGGGUUGUCUCUGGUUGAGAUUCCAUGGGAAGAGUUGUUUACAUUGCCAAAGCGGAAUCCACUUCAUUCAACAAUUGAAAUUUCCUUGUGUUUGGAUCCCUGGAAGGACGAGGAGUUCUCCAAGUAUGGAUCUAUUUUCAAACAAGAAAAGUACUACUUUCAUCUAUACCUACUAACAAAAAGCUCAUUCAUGUUGGAUAAUAGAACUGCUACUUAUUUCAAGGACAAUUCAAUGGAUGUUGUUUAUAGUUGGGGCAAACCAAUGUUCAAAUAUGCACAGUUUAUACACUCAACUGGCGGGUAUAUAGCCGAACUAAGAAACAAUGGUGAUUUUUUCUUGGCACCAAAUAAUGCGCAUAUUUCAAGACUGAAUCUUAAUAUUGGCAAACUCCACAAUCUGGGUAAGAGUAAGGCUGUUUAUUUUGAUUCUCAGUCAGUUAUGCUUGAAUUCAGAUCAACUUGUUCUGAUGAGACAAAACUACGGGAAAUGUUCAGAGAGGCAGUAAUUGAGUUCAACAACUUUGAAAACUUAUUAAAACUGUAA